GGAGACUGAGGGAGUUUGUGCAGUCGCGAGUGCUGGUAUCCGGUGAGUUGUCCGCAUCCUUGCGGCUGGCGGGAUUAGCGGCUGGGCCCUGCGACGGCCGAGGAGCCCCUCCCUGCUGGGAGUCUUCUCCGAGGCGUUUGGGUCCGGCCCCGAUGGGCGUCUCCGUGGGACAGGCAGCCUCCCUCAGGCCGGGCGUCCCCAGACGCGCCGCGGUCACCGUGCCCCGCUCCCACCGCGCGGAUCACCCCGAGCCUGAGCGCCGGCGCCCCGGGACCCCCUGGCCUGACCCUGCUCAUCUCGUCCCUGUCUCGCCCACUCCCUCCUCAUCCACAGUGCCUGACCCUGGCACCGAGUGCGUUCUGAGUACUCAAUAAAUAGUUACUAAGUGAAAAACCUAUCAACCUGGCUCCCCAUCCUCAUGCUGCAUUUUUUUCCGACUGUUUGGGCCAUCGCUAGAGUGAAGUAAAAUUUUCAGAGAACAGCAUUUUAAAAUUUAACGAUGAGUGGGAGGUAAGGGGUCAAAAGGAGUCAAGAGGGGUGCAGGUUCCGCCUUCUGCAUGAAGUUAGAAGAGCUUUUAUUAUUCUUCAGCCAGCUGUGAGUCUCUGCGCAUGUCUGACACUCUCAUGUCCCACGGAUUACAGAAAGACAUUCCUUGCAGGAGAACAUGGCUUCCCAGUGAUGUGGGAAAGAUGGACUCUGAUCUCCAGGGUAGAAGUGGCAACCAGAGUAAGCCAGUUCGUUGAAGCAAAUGGCUGCAGUGAAGAGUACCGAGGCACACCCAUCCUCAAACAAGGAUCCCACACAGGGCCAGAAAUCAGCCCUCCAGGGUAACAGCCCUGACUCCGAGGCCUCCCGUCAGCGCUUCAGGCAGUUUUGCUACCAGGAGGUAACUGGCCCCCAUGAAGCUUUUAGCAAACUCUGGGAACUCUGUUGUCAGUGGCUGAGGCCGAAGACCCACUCGAAAGAGGAAAUCCUGGAGCUGCUGGUUUUGGAGCAGUUUCUGACUAUCUUGCCAGAGGAGAUCCAGACCUGGGUGAGGGAGCAGCAUCCAGAAAACGGCGAGGAAGCUGUGGCUCUGGUUGAGGAUGUACAGAGAGCUCCUGGACAACAGGGACCAGCCACGUGUGACAACAGAGCUGUAUCCCUCUGUCAGCAAGAAUGGAUGUGCCCAGGCCCUGCACAAAGGGCCCUCUACAGGGGUGCCACGCAGAGGAAGGACAGACACGUCUCUCUGGCAACAGGUGUGCCCUGGGGCUAUGAAGAGACCAAGACACUCCUGGCUAUUCUUAGUAGUUCUCAAUUUUAUGGAAAACUCCAGACCUGUCAGCAGAACAGCCAGAUCUACAGGGCCAUGGCGGAAGGACUCUGGGAGCAGGGUUUUCUGCGGACCCCAGAACAGUGUCGCACCAAGUUCAAAAGCCUACCAUUGAGUUACCGCAAAGUGAGGAGAAGCCGCGUGCCUGAGCCUUGUAUCUUUUAUGAGGAAAUGGAUGCUCUUUCAAGCUCCUGGGUCUCUGCACCUCCUAUGGCAAGCGAUGCUGUACCUGGCCAAGAAGGAAGUGAUAUUGAGGCUAGAGAGCUGAAUCACCAGAAUGGGGAACCCACGGAGGUAGAAGAUGGCACUGUGGGUGGUGCAGACAGGGAUGAAAAGGACUUCAGGAAUCCUGGCCAGGAAGUCAGGAAACUUGACCUGCCAGUGCUGUUCCCAAACAGAUUUGGUUUUGAGAUCAAGAAUGAGAUUAAAAAAGAAAAUCUAAAAUGGGAUGAUUCACAGGAAGUAGAAAUAAACAAGGCUUUACAGAGAAAGUCCAGAGUAGUUUAUUGGCACUCUGAGCUACAAAAAGGCUUGGAGAGUGAGCCAACAUCAAGAAGGCAAUGUAGAAAUUCUCCAGGGGAGAGUGAGGAGAAAACUGCAUCCCAGGAGAAGAUGAGUCACCAGAGUUUUUGUGCCAGGGACAAAGCCUGUACACAUAUCCUCUGUGGGAAAAACUGCUUUCAGAGUGUGCACUCUCCCCACAAGCCAGCCCUUGAACUGGAAAAAGUAUCUCGAUGUCCCGAAUGUGGGAAAACCUUUAGCCGAAGUUCUUAUCUUGUUCGGCAUCAGAGAAUCCACACAGGCGAGAAGCCUCACAAGUGCAGUGAGUGCGGGAAAGGCUUUAGUGAGCGCUCCAACCUCACUGCCCACCUACGAACUCACACAGGGGAGAGGCCCUAUCAGUGUUGGCAAUGUGGGAAAAGCUUCAACCAGAGCUCCAGCCUCAUUGUCCACCAGAGGACCCAUACGGGGGAGAAGCCUUACCAGUGCAUUGUCUGCGGAAAGAGAUUCAACAACAGUUCCCAGUUCAGUGCUCACCGGCGCAUCCACACUGGGGAGAGCCCAUACAAGUGUGCAGAGUGUGGGAAAAGCUUCAACAAUAACUCCCACUUCAGUGCCCACCGAAAAACCCACACUGGUGAAAAGCGUUACAGGUGUUCUCACUGUGAGAGAGGCUUCACUAAGAGCUCUGCCCUCACCCGUCAUCAGAUGGUACACAUGAAAGCAGUACUCUCAUCACAGGAAGGAAGAGAUGUGUUAUGAGUGUGUAGGAAGACUGUCAGAUUAAGUUCCUCAGGUCAGCAUGUAUGAGCUUUCUUCUGCUGUGGAGAGAUUUCGCCAGUCCCUGACUUUGCAACAGACCUACUGACUACUGGAUCUUAAGACCCAUGUCUAGGACCAGGAGUCAGCAUAAGGACGCUGACCUCUCCUGGCUGUGCCUGUGACUCCAGAGUCCUAUCUUCCUGUGACUUAAAGUUUUGAUGGAGAGAAAGCUGUAUGAUUCAUAAAUUCUACCAGGAAACCAGGGUCUUCCUGUUCCUAGCACUGAGAAUGGGCACCCAGUGGUCCGAGAACACUUUCUGGGCUAACAUAGUCCUCACACAGGGCUGAGAAAGAAAGUGUCUCCUUUCCUGGGAAGCACAUGUAAAAGUUAAGGGCCUGAAUCUCUUCUAAACCAAUAAUUGACCUCUAGGCACCCACCAUAAUACUGCUACCUUCAGGGCAGAAGACACUACUCUUUGUAACCCAGCCACCACCAAAAAGCGAACAGAAAGAAGGAAGGAGGGUUAAGCCACUGGAUAAUACUGAAUCUUUUUCCCUAAGUGACUUAACCUUAGAGCAAGCAUAACAUCCAGGUUAAUUUUUUAUAAGAUUUCUCCUUUUAUUAUUGCCCUCAUCAUAGUUGCCGAUUGUCUCUUAAAGUAAGUGGUUUAUAGACAUUACUAUUUCUGAUAAUAAUUUACAAACUACUAUAAACAAAUUUAUAAACAUUACUAAUUUCUGAUGAAAAUAAAGUUGUUUCUCCCUCCA